CUGUGUUAAUGUCGCAUCGCAUCAUUCUUUUCGUCGUAUCUUUUUUCUUUCCAUAUUCGAUUACAAGUUUCUACAGAUUUUUUCUUUUCUUCUUUACACUCUGACCAGACUCUUCUCUUUUCCUCUCAUUCUCAUAUUCUCAUUAAUUCAUUCCUUUAUAUAUAUAUAUAUACACACUUUAAGUCAUUAAUUCGUUAAUUCGUUAAUUCAUUAAUUCGUUAAUUCAACCCUUCAUUCAUUCUCACUCUUUGAUUCUUGGUCUGUACAUUCUUCUUUCGUCUUUCCUUUCGGUCUUUUCAUAUACAUUUACACACAAACAGAGUGUCUCUUUCUGCCCCCUUCUUUUGAGCGAGCGCAUUAUGAACACCGCCUGCGCAACCAUGUCACACCUGGUCACUGUCGACUCUCCAUUUGAGUCUCAGGCACAGACUCAGUUCCAGAAACAUUUGCAGCAAAAGCGACAACGACAACAACAGCUGUCUACUUUUAACCCCAAUCGUAUCUCACUCCUUCCACAACAACAACAACAAGACCUGCCACAGCCGCAACAACCGCAACAACCGCAGCAACCGCAGUUUACUCCACCCCCUCAACUGCAGCAACAACCACAGGCUCAGGAAAAGCCAGUUGGACGGCCUACAGGAUCUCGUCCUAGCCUCAGCCUUGAUACAUCUGAAGAGCGUCUUCAGAACAUCAAGGUCUUUCACUACAAUAACAAACAGUACCUCAAAUUAUUCUCGCCAAGCCUUGUAGAAUCACCUGUUAGUUAUUUGAAUCAAAAGCAGUUGAUCGAAGACAAGAAGCUGUGGGAGAACGGCCCAAAUGAAGCCUUCCAAAAGCAACUCGAGAACGAGAGACGGGAAGCAUACAAAGCUCGCUCUAAACAACAGCUUCGGGGCUUUAUUAUGGGUCUGUGGCUUGGCUGCCUUCUUGGAUUUCUAAUGCUGCAGCAAACGACUGCCAAGACCAACAGCUUUUGGAGGCAUGAUACCUUGUCAUCCUAUAGUCCUUUGGUCAUCUUGUCGAUCCUUGCCACUAGUGUAGCGAUUAUCCGCUCAGGAUCUCGUUGUACAGUUGCUGCAGUGGCAACUUGUGCGGCUGUAUUGACCUGUUUUGCCACAUUGCUCGUUAACCAGAGUCAGUACUCUACCGAGCUUCGGCUUUACAAGCGUGGUCCUGUAGGCAUUGCUGUUGAAACGACCCCAUAAAAAGAGACACCUAUGAUUUCAUCACCCUUCUUUUUUUUAUAUGACAAGAAUAAUUCCUUUUGUAAAUCCUCCAUCCUCUCUUCUUCCUCCUUUACAUUACCUCAUCCUUUUACUCUUGUCCUUGUAUAUUUGCUACAUUACAUUAUGCCAUCAUUUCAAA